AACACACAUCCACACACACACAAUGCAUCGAUUCUUCAAAUCAGAAUUCUUCAACUUCGAAUUCAUCCGCAUCCUCUCCGCGGCGCCCUACGGGGGAGCCGAAAUCGCCGAAUGCCUGGUCGCCGCCAGCGAGAUCCGCAACGAUGACGCGGAGAGCUGGCACCGGGCGUGGCUCCUGCAAGCGGACAAAGCGAAAGCCCUGGGGGACGAGGCCGUGCAAUCCGGCGACACGGUGUCCGCGCGACGAGCCUACCUGCGGGCGUCCAACUAUUACCGCGCCAGCGGCUACAUGUUCCACGACCGCCCGGGGGCACCGGACGCCCGCGUCCUGCCGCUUGCGCAACAGGUCGUGGACACAUACGCCCUGGCCCUACCGCUGCUCGACACCGGCGAAGCCAUCCCGCUCACGAUCCCGUUCGAAACCCUAACCCAAACCCACGGCCUCCCCGCAUACCUGUACCUCCCGCGCAACCGCACCACGCCCGUGCCGGUGCUGCUCAGCCUCGGCGGCGCCGACUCCAUCCAAGAGGAGCUGUACUACGUGUAUGCGGCCAGCGGACCGCAACUGGGGUAUGCGGUGCUGACCUUCGAGGGCCCCGGCCAGGGGAUCCCGCUCCGGCGCGACCAGACGCGCAUGCGCCCGGACUGGGAGGUGGUGGUGGGCCGCGUGCUCGACUUCCUGACGGCGUACGCGCAGCAUCAUCCCGCCGCGCGGCUGGAUCUGUCGCGGGUGGCGGUCGUCGGGGCCUCGAUGGGCGGGUACUACGCCUUGCGGGCGGCGGCCGACCCGCGCCUCGGGGCCUGCGUCGCCAUCGACCCCUUCUACGACAUGUGGGACUUUGUACGCAGCCACGUCUCGCCCGCGCUGCUGGACGCGUGGAACGCUGGCUGGGUGCCCGCGCGGGUCGUCAACGGGGUGAUGGCCAUGGCCAUGGCCGCGUCGUUCCAGGCCCGGUGGGAGGUCGGCCUCGCGAUGUGGUUCUUCGGCGUCGACUCCCCCACCGACACCCUGAGACAUAUGAUGAAGUAUACGCUGGCCCGUGACGAUGGGACCAGUCGGCUGGAUCGCGUCCAGUGCCCGGUGUUGGUGUCCGGGGCCACCCAGUCGCUGUAUCUGGAGCCCGAGAGCGAUGUGCUCCGGGUGUUUGAUGCGCUGGCGCACCUGGGCGACGAGCGGCGCGAGAUCUGGAUCGCCAGGAAGCCGGAGGACGGCGGCUUGCAGGCCAAGAUUGGGGCCAUUGGGCUGGUGGUGCAGAGGACGUUUCGGUUUUUGGAUCAGCAUCUGAAUGUUACGCGGUAGGGGAGUCAUGUGGGAG